AGAGCAAGCACGAUGUCGACACCGAUUUUAGUCGUGCACGACACGAAAUGCCUGCCGUUUUGGGUUUGGCUUAUAUUCAAAGACGACUCAAUCGACUUGAACUACAACUUCUUACUGUACUUUACAACGGUACGUACGUACCGAACGGUAGGUAAGUCCUACCAGAAAGACUCCUUCGAGAGCCGGUUGUACGCAGUACGACGUACCGUACGGCUGUGUGAUCUGUUCCGAUGGACUUUUCSAGACAACAAAACAAAAACUCCAUGCUACAACCUUCUAACACAAACAACUUUUCAAUGCGGAACAGUGCUCGCACGCACUGCGACCACGCACCCAAUUCGUUCUGCUCCCAAUCGAAUUCGAUUCGAUUCGACUCGACUCGACUCUGGCCGGAUCUUCACCUCGGAUGCCCAGCGACCGGGACCCGCCCUCCCGGGACAAGUGAGCGACAUCCAUCGCAUCCAGAACGGCAACCGCAAGAAAAACAUGGCGGCCGGGGCAAGCAGCGGAUUGGGUCGUCGCCGUUUCGCCCCGAACGAAACCAAAAAGAAACCACCCGMMGAUAGCUCCUGCCCAAGCGAGAAAGACCUUGCCGGACGGCAUCGCUACAUCGGUAUCCUGGGACGGCGGAGGGGGCGUCGGUGGACCGGGCCGUUGCCGGUCGCAACAGUGAUUGCUUUGUGCUUGUUGCUCGUCGGGUUCUGCCUGCACACCAUUGACAUUCCCGAGUGCAACGACCUGCUGUGYCAGCACUACAAAGGAAAACAGAAGGGAGARGGMUCGCACCCGGAUCCGCCUGCGCCAUCGCAUCCCAAAUUGCGGGUGGAAACGCACGCGAUGUCGUCGAACACGGCAGACACGCCGAACGCACCGAGAUCCUCGGCAGUGGGAGCUGCCGCGCAACCACGCGACGGCCAAAGCCGAGAAGAACCACCACCACCACCAGCAGCACCAGCAGCGUCGCCCCGCUUCUGCCGCCCCGCCUAUUUCUGGGCCAGCGGCAAGGCGGGAUCCACGUCGCUGUACUCGGUGCUGACCUACGGGCUGCGCGAGCCCCACACGACGUACGCCUCGCCCUUUGCCCCCCACGGCGCCGGGAAGGAACCCUGCCGGGGGGAGCCGAGCGACGAGUGGGACCGGUGGGAGGCCCUGGCCCGCAGCGAGGGGGUCUGCGGGAGCGGGGCCGCCCACCGGCCCACGCACAUCCUCAACGGGUGCCCACGGAGGACCCUUCCCGGGGACGCCGGGGACAUACUCCGGCUGCACGCAAGCCUCGCCGCGAAUCGCACCGGCGAUGCCCUUCCCCCGGCCUUUUUGAUGCUGGUCCGGGAUCCCGUGGACCGGCUGGUCUCGCACCUCAACGACCUCCGGCGCCGCGGCGAGAACGGGAAAGCCCUCCCGCGGCUCAGCGUCGAAAAGUCGGUCCUCAAUCUGAUCGACCUGCACGCUUCCGAGGGCAGCCGCGUCCUCGAAACCGAGGGCCUCGUGACGAGGCUCUCCCUYCAGGGGCUGGCCCUAGAGAACCUGCUGUCCGCAACGGGGGACCCGGRCUCCGUCCUGGUGAUACCGAUAGAGUCCAUGGAGCGGGACCUCCAGGGCGUCGUCGAUGCGGUCUCGGACCACGUGGGAGCGGCCCGKUGGAGCCUCGGUGGGGUGGACCCUCCACACGCCGGCAGCCGUGCCGCGCAGAGGGCCGUGCGCAUGAACAACGGGAGCACCGAGACCGGCCGGCUGGCAUACUCCACCCUKUCGGAGAAGGCCACCGAGGGACUCCGGAAGGUCUUUCGGGACGACGUCCUCUUGCUGGAGCGGCUGGUCGGGAAGCCCUUCCCGUGGUCCUCCUGGGCCCACCCCGGCGAACCCCAYCGGACCGGAGCAGGCGGCAGCGACUGGCUCGCCACCGCCCCGCGGGGGUGGUCGCCUCCAGAGGAUUCCGGAAGAGCGUGACCGCGGCGGCCCGGUGCGUGGGUCCACGGAGUGCAAUGCGGCGGGCCCUGCGCCACCCAACGGGAGGCGGUCGCACCGCGGGACGGCGGUGCCCGCGAUCCGGACGGAGCCGGGGUCGUUUUGCAGGAACCCAAACCAAACCAAACCAAACCAAACCGCCCGUGCCAUCCCGCCCCGGUGCGACAACGGCACCGUCUUUUGCGAACCUGGCGAGACGAUCCGGCAUCGUUGGUAGCGGUCGAACGGUUCGACUCUGGGUUGYGGUGCAGGUGACACACCAUGGCCAUCCGCAACAACGCGUUUUUGUUUUCUACGUUUAUGGAUAGAUCGUUCGAACAAUAAAAUACAAUUGAAAGU